AUGAAUGACAUAGAUAACAUCAUUGAAUCUUUACUUCUAGUCAUUCAGCUCCAGUUAUCUGUCUUACGUGCCAAUCGUGAACAAAUUAAGAUGGAUAUUAACAGCCUUGGAAAUGAAAUAAUAAUCAAAGGAUCUUUAAAGCAAAAUCUCUCUUUGUUUAUUAAUAUUUCAAAUGGGUUUAUUUUCAAAUCUGUGGUCAACAUUCGUAAUAUCACUUUAGAACAUGUUUACCAAAUGAUGAGUCAACAUCUUGGAAUCAAGGUUACAGCAUCCAAAAAAGCAACACUCAGGAUCUGUAUGAAACUUAUUUCAUCAGAUGCUAUCAAAAUUGGGCAUCCAUUGCAAGAGUCAGUCAUCACUAGAAAGACUGUCAAAGGAGGCAAUUACCUCACUAAAAUCGAACUAGAAUCAGUCUGA